GUUUGCGCCACCCCAGGGGCACUUAUUCUGGACCCUUGCCUUUAAUCUUUCGCGUGCUCGAGUAAUUCUAGUCGGCGAGCGCCGUGCGCGAUAUGCGAGAUGCCACUCCCAAGGUCACCAUCACCUCUUACCAGUACCUUGUGUAUGCUCUACAUUCCAAUCUGCCAAUCGCGACUACCCAAAUCUUCGUAAUCAUCUCCUUCAUUUCACUAGACCGGUCUAUUAAGAUUCAGAUGCGGAGGUGAUGGCAGCUAGAUUGCCUUCCCUGACGAUUCGCUCCGCACUCAGGUACCCUUUCUCGCCCCGCUUCGCCCCGCCUCAGUAGUCGCUUUACGAAUGCCUCGGGAUAGCAAGCACUUCUGUAUUGUAGAUACCUGAUGUUCAAUCGCCAUGUCUUGAGAAGCUAUCUAGCGCGGUUUCGACUUCAGGUUUCGUCUUCGUUGUGCCGCUGGCCGACGUGCCUGGCGUCGUCGUGCUUACGCUCUCCUCUGAAUCUCCUCUACCGUGGACAGAUGCGUCCAGUAACCUCCGCCCAGUACCUGUCCCCCUCCUCCGAUGCAUACCGCCCUGCACCGAGAGCCGAUACUCCUACGUAUAAGCCACACGAUAUCAAAGCCUUGGAUCUCAACCCGUCCUCGACGACAUGUGCCGCGUUUUGCACUGCCGUCUUUCUCACCCACCGCCCUAUCACAGACUGUUGUUUACCCCUUCAUUUCGGCUCGCCAGCCGGCUCCGAAAAUGACCUCUUUCAGCAAAAGGCUAUAAAGCACAUUCGUCAUAUGCCGCUUGUCACUCUAUCCAGCUCUAAUUCACUAGUCUCUCGCUCUCCGACGCAUUGCUAGAGAAGAAUUGUGGCGGAGUAGAAGAUAUUCUAGACCGCGUAGCAGACUUCUACGUCACUUUAUUUCGACUACGGUUGUAAUUU